AUGAGGCGGGUGCGGCAGGCGUCGUGGUGCUUGACGGUGGUCGUCGUGAGCGACGACCUCGCCUUCCUCGCCGCCUUCGCUCACUGGUCCCUCAAGGGCCGCCUCCUGGUGUGGUCGACGAGGCUCCUGGUCGUCACCCGCCUCCACCUCCACCACCUGCAGGGUCUCCUGAGCUCUCACUGGACCUUCUCCAUGAUGAAUGCAAUGCUGCUGGUCUUGGGUGACUCGUCACGGUUCCCUAGGCAUUGUGAUGUUAGUUUGAGCGUGUAUGUGAACCUGCCGUACAGUGCCUCAGGAGCUAGGAUAGUGAGGAUUGCCUGGUGGACUGCAGCUCGUGGUCUCCAGAUCACUACCCAUCAUCCUCUCUUCCUGGACAAGUUCAAUAACUUUUGUAGAGCAACAGUCAACGUGACAGCUCUGCCAUAUAAACCAUUUUGGAGUGAGACGGAGGACCAAGGCGGUGUGACCAGGUACUCUGGUAGUGAUGUCCAGAUGCUCAUGACUAUCGCCGAAACCCUCAACUUUACCUAUAAUGUCCUUCCCGUGACCACUUGGGACCAGGUGACAGGAUUGGUGUCGCAGAGAACCUCUUUUAUGGCUGCUAUCAACCACGUACAGAUGCCACAGCGCCUACUGCUGUAUGAUUACACAUACAGCUACCACCAUAAUUCUUUUUCGUUCACAAUGGCAACACCAUCGCUCAUAUCUAACUGGCAGAGUCUUUACUCUCCUCUGACAGACAAGGUGUGGGCAUCAGUCAUCGCCUCGCUGGUUCUGGUUCCAGUUUUUCUGUUCUUG